CGAUAGGACGCGCCGUCCACUGUCCGUUUGUCCGUCUCCUGUGCCACUCUCUACUUCCUGGACCUACCAUGUGCAAGAUGGACGUUACCAAGCUGAUCGCUCUGGUGCGUGACAGACCACCCAUCUGGGACCAGAAGGACUACAACUACAAGAACCGAGAUGUCGUCAAACUGCUAUGGGAUGAAGUGGCUGCUGAAUUAGACCGACCGCUGGACAAGGUGCGGAAAAGAUGGAAAAAUCUACGAGACAUGUUUAGAAAUGAAGUCAAAAAGAUCUUAUUGGAAGCUGGCGAUUCUCUUCCUGAAGAAUUUGUUUCUCCGUGGUCACACUUUGAGGAUAUGGUAUUCCUAAAAGACCAGAUCGUUACUCGGAAAACUUUACGAAACCUGAAUAUAACAGGAGUGGAGCUCGACUCGGAUGACAACGAGGAAACAUUGGAAAUUCCCGUGUCUCCUGUGAACUUUGAUGAUGAGGAUGAGGAAAACCAAGGGGAUGAUAGAGGUGUGGAUACAGCUGUACGAGGUGACCUGCCUCAAAACAUCUCAGAUAUGAUCCCCACGGAUUACCAGAGAUUAGACCACUUUCUGAAACCUCAGUCACAUCCGACUCCAACACCGAGGAAACGCAAGAGGGAGUCAGGAACAGCGACAGAGUUCUAUAACAGCUACUACCACCAACCAACUGUGCAGGUGGAUGACGACUACCACUACUUAAUCAGUUUCUUGCCCUCUAUGAAGGCCAUGCCUCUCCAGACGAAGAUGUGGUUCAGACUAAAGAUGCAAGAGCUGCUGUACACUUGCACUGUGGCUGCCCCUCCCCUCUUCACAUUCGGAACUAGUGAAGUGGAAGAGAAACCUAAGCCUAAUGAUGACUGAAUCAAGUCUUUGUCUGGAUAGGCAUUGAAUCCAAAGCAGGAUGUUUACCAAGAUGCCGAUUGAGGGCUAAUUAAUGGUGCUAUCCAACAAACCGUUUAUGUUCGAUAGCACAGGGUUUGGACUGUUCCCUUGCAAAAAAAUGGUUAAAACGCCACAGGCGUGAAAAGACACAAGGAAAGAUGAGUUGUAAGAAAUCUGUGAUUUACUCAGUUUUUUCAUAGAAAAGUAAGGUACAGAGGAAAUAUCCUUGGCACAUGUAAGGGGUGCACUAGUCGCUGGUGUCUAAAGCAAAGUUCAACACCCCCAUCAUGUACUACAAAGCUCAUGAUGGAUAAAAACCUGUGCCCUGUGCCAUAGGAAUUUCUGCAUGGGCUCUUGAUUGCU